AUGUUGAAGACCAAGACCAAGGGUGAUGAGCUGCAGCGGAUAUGCUAUGAUAUCAAACGAGAUCUUGAGAGCACGAAGAGUAAGUUAGUUUUUAUCAAGGAGAUGGCCUACAUCACAGAUUAUGUCCAGGAGUAUCUGCCGCAAGGCUUCAGGUAUGUCUUCCUCACUAGAGAGCCUACCAGGGUCUUUACAUCUUUCCGGAAAAGUAUACAAGCCUCGGGAAUGUUCCAUCGAACAGAAGGUCCCAUUCUGGACAUCAUACGCGAAGAUCCGGCGAAUAUUCGACCAAUGUCUUGGUACGAGAAACAGCACCAGCUCUGGAAAUAUGUCCAAGAGCACCUCGACCCUAACCCGAUCAUCAUCGACGCCACUGAUCUCGCCUCCCAACCGAGGAAGAUCUUGAAGAGUUUCUGUGAGGCUGUUGGGUUUCUCUACAGCGAUAGCCUCCUGCAGUGGUCCCCGAGUCAAAACUUCCCAAAGAACUUUGUGACGGCAGGAGAAAACUUAGAACAAUUCGCUGCGUUUUAUUCUACAGCUUUAAGCAGCACACACUUCAUGGCGCCUGCUAAAAAAGGGCCUAUACCACGUGAUCAGCUUACGGAUGACGUCAUCCGAUGCGUUGACUACUCCAUGCCAUUCUACCGUGAGAUGUAUGAAAACAGACUGCAAGCUUCUUAA